UAUUUGCAAGGCAUACUUGUGUGCAUAAUUGCUAAUUAUGGUGCAAUUGAUUCAAGAUUGCCUCAGACUAUUGUUAGUGUCAUUUUUGCUGAGCUGUUCUCUUGGCUCUGAAGUCCUGAGACCAAGAGGGGUUUCUCUUAUCAAGGCAUCUCUGUAUGAUCCAGCCAGAGACUUCAGUUGCCUGGAUGGCUCCGGCACUAUUCCCUUCCGUAAUGUGAAUGAUGAUUACUGCGACUGCAGAGAUGGCAGUGAUGAACCAGGCACCUCUGCCUGCCCCAACGGUUUCUUCCACUGCUCCAACAAGGGUCACAUUCCUCUGGAUGUUCGCUCAUCUCGUGUCAACGAUGGCAUCUGUGACUGUUGUGAUGCUUCUGAUGAGUGGGCCAGUGGAGCAGACUGCACUGACCAAUGCCAGGAAUUUGGGCGGGCAGCGCGAGAAGAAGCUCUACGUAAGGAGGAAGAAUCCAAGAAAGGCUACUCCCUCAAGCUUGGCAUGAUAGAGCAGGGCAAGAAUAUGAAGCAGGAGAGAAAAGAGAAAAUAGCUUUGAUAGAACUUGAGCUUCAGCAAGCCGAGUCUGUGCGAGCUGAGCAAGAAACUUUGAAACUGGCAGCAGAGGAGCUGGAAUCUGCGGCUCUAGAGCAAUACAAGGAAGCCAACGAGGCCAAGAAAGCGGCUGAAGAUGCCAUCAAGUUGGCAGCAAGUGAGGCUGAGGCUAAAGAAGCCUUUGGCGAGCUCGACACCGAUGGGGACGGAGCCGUGACCAAGCAGGAAGUCCAAGCAGACACAACCUACGACACCAACCGCGAUGGCAGCGUGUCUGAUGAUGAAGCUACGUUCUACAUGCAGCACGCAGACUCGCUCGACUUCCACGAGUUCUUCACUAAAAGUUGGCACCUCAUGCGUCCAGCUUAUCAUGUCGCUAAGAACAAGGCUGGGGCGCCGCCCCCUUCACUCUUUACUCCACCUUCCACUACCCCACCACCUCCCCCUCCUCCACAUUCAGAAGAAAAGAGUGUCGAUGACGAAGGAGAGGACGAAAGUUUACUGGACGAUGACGAGGAGAACCCAGAAGAUGAAGAUGACUAUGAUCCAGAGUUGGAUAAUGUGGAUGAAGGGCUGCUGGACGAGCCUACUGAAGUGCCUGAUGUUGUUUAUGAUGAUGAAACGCAGGGCCUGGUAGAUGCCGCGAACGCCGCACGUUCAUCCUACCAGGAUGCGCAGCGCAGCGUCGAUGCUCUGAAGAAGCAGCUCUCCGAAGAGCAAGCCAGUCUCGACAAAGACUUCGGACCUGAGGACGAGUUCAGAGUCUUUGAGGGACGCUGCUUCGAGUACACCGACAGAGAGUACACCUAUAAACUCUGUCCUUUUGAUACGGCAAGUCAGAUCCCCAAGAACGGUGGAGGUGAGACGCGACUCGGGACCUGGCACGACUGGGAGGGCGAGGACACCGGGCCACGGGGCAAGUACUCCGCCAUGAAGUACACUAACGGACAGGGCUGUUGGAACGGACCUAACCGCUCCACUCUGGUUCACCUGCGGUGUGGCGUGGAGAACGAGCUCAUCUCAGCCGCUGAGCCGAGCAAGUGCGAGUACGUCUUCAUAUUUACAACUCCUGCCGCCUGCGACGCUGUUGAAGACGGCAGUGACGAACAUGCACAGCACACCGAGCUCUAAUAUUUCUCACGUUUGAGUCACAUUAGUUUAUUGCGUAUUUAUUUUCAGAUGAUAAUCUUUAAAGUUGUUUUUACAUCGAAAAACUUGGUGCAAAUAUAGCUGCCUGUUUGUCUUUAGAAGAUCGUUUCCAGGUUCAGCAGUGAAUCAUUUAUUCAAUUUAAUUGAUGCAGAUUGUAAUUUAUUUCUCAGUUGCCAUUUCUACAGGUUUUCAACAUUUCUGUCAUCAUAUCAGCUGUACAAAAAACGUUUCAAAAUGCAAUCUAUAGUCAUUUUCGGUAAAAUCGCCUUUCAAGAUCGUUCUGAAAUUUCAAAAAUUUCACAAUCCUCACCGUGUGGGUACAGAGAUUAUCAGAGAUUAUUCAUAUGUUGAAAUUAUUUCUUUUAUACAGUCAUAAUUAUCAAAAUGUCUUGGAAUGUGCUGGCUAUAAAUUCAUAAUGUUUUGAUAUUAGAUGAGAAAAAUUUUCAUGUUUCCAUGCGAAAAUUAUGAAUUUUUUUCUCAGAACUAGAUGAUAAGAAUAUGAGUGCUAUUGAAGGCCCUUUAAACGAAACUUUUCUUGAUGUAGAUGAAUGUUGAUGCCAUAAAAGUAUCUCUUUUUUUGCGGAGAUCUUGUUUUUUCCACAAUCUCAGAAGUUUACUGGAAAUCUGCAAAAACUUCGUUUACAAUUAUAUUUUUUGCUGAAAAAACUAGGCAUAAUUUCUCGUAAAUGCGCCGCACAUUGAGUAAUGCACUUGUCGAGAUCUGGCUCAAUUUUUUCACGUGCUGUCACUCUUCAGUAAUACGUCCAAUUUUGUGCUAUUAUUAUGUACUCAGUGUGCGUUUUGCGUAAUAUUUUUGCAUCACGUUUUCAAAGUUUUUUCGCCUGAACAUUCCAUGCUAAGUGACGGACCAUUCUCUCAUUUAAGAGGUUCAUAUUUAACAGUUCUGUAUUUUAUUUAAAUACUGCAUUCCGCUUCUCAUACAUUCAUGUAUUAUUAGGUUCCAGGAAUCGUUAAUUCUUGCCGUGAAUUAUCUGUUUUCAUUCUCAGAUGUACUAGUACUAGGUAAUGAAUGAAUGUGUACUAAAUAAGAAUCAAUAGCCUAUCAUAA